AUGACGAACUACCCCGCCGACGAAGGCUUGUUCCAGCCAUACGACCAAUUUAUCCUCUUUGGCGACUCCAUCACUCAGCAGUCAACUUCACCGGCUGAUGGAUUCGGCUUUCAGGCCGAGUUGCAAGAAGCCUACUGUCGUCGCCUGGAUGUCAUCAAUCGCGGUUUCAGUGGCUACACCACCGCCAAUGCGAUCAAUGUCUUUCCGAAAUUCUUUCCCACGCCGCAAAGAGCUCCGGUGAAAUUGAUGACAAUCUUCUUUGGCGCCAAUGAUGCCUGUGUCCCGAGGACCUUCCAGCACGUCCCCCUGGACAAGUUCAAGGAAAACCUGAGACAACUCAUCCAACACCCCGCCGUGACAGCUCAAGGCACCAAGAUCAUCGUGCUCACCCCACCUGCAGUGAACGAGUACCAGAUGGACCCGGGUGACGGCUCCCCCUUGGCCCGAACCGCCAGUCACACCAAGCUCUAUGCAGAUGCCGCCCGGGAGGUUGCGGCAUCCCUGGGGGCCCCGGUUGCAGACAUCUGGACAUCAUUCAUGACCGCGGCAGGUUGGAAAGAAGGCGACACGCUCGCGGGUUCGAAGGAGAUCCCCAAUAAUACGAAACUUCAGAGUCUACUGACCGAUGGACUGCAUCUGACGGCGGACGGUUAUCGGAUGGUCUUCGAGGUGGUGAUGGAAACGAUUCGAAAGAAUUGCCCGGAGUUAAGUCCGGAGCAAUUGCCCUGGGUGCAUCCGCCUUGGACAGAAGCGCCGCGGUAUUAA